AGGAAAAGUUAAAGUAAAAGGAGAAAAAAAGAAGAAAGGAAAAAAGGAGGAAAGAAAGGUAAAGAAAAAGAGGAAGGAAAGAAAAAGAAGAAAGAAAGAAAAUUGAAGAGAAAAAGGAUAGAAAUUAUUCCGUCGUCGUUCGGCGUUAUAUAACGAGAAACGAGAGAGAUUCCGCAUUGGAGAUAAAACGUAUACACGCACGCACGAAGUACGUAUACGACGAAGGAAAAGGAAAAAAAAAAGAAACGAGAGAAAGAAAGAGACAAAGAUAAGGAAGAGAAGAAAACACGAAGAUAUCUCGCGAGUGUGAUGAACAUGGAUACGGACGGUCCAGAUCGUUGUUGGACUAUGCUCGAUCAAAAGCUUUGGCUUUAUUAAUAGAUAUUGAACAAAAACAAAAAAAAAAAAUAUAUAUAUAUACAUAUACAUAUACAUAUACAUAUGUAUAUAUAUAUAUAUACAUAACAGUGAUAAUCGUGCUUCGUAUAUAACAACAACAAUGGUGAACCGAUCGAAAGCCUCGUGAAUAUUGUGAUUAUUGUGAGGAUGAUAUCUAUACACGUUUUUCUUAAAUCGGAUUUUCGUAUCUUGGAUCAGUGUUAAUAUAAGUGUUUUGCGAGCAACGUGUUUUUAUUUAACAAAAAAAAAAAAAAAAAAAAGAAAAAGGAAAAAAAGAAAAAAGAAGAAGAAAAAGAAAAAGGGAGAAAAAGAAGAAGAGAUAAAUAGAAGUGUUGGUGUACGUAAAUGAGAAAAUGUGCCGACGGGUUUCUCGGUAUAUCAACGAUGGAUCGAACUGACAACCGUUUCUGUGCUUAGGAUAACAUUUGAUAAAAUUGUCGAUAGAUAUGAACAUGCCGUUUAAUGCCUUGAUACGGAAUGUUCAUUGAAAAUUAAUAAUAUAAGAAAAGAAAAGAAAAAAUAGUAAGGAAUAUUUCCUUCUUGAUCUUCUCAUUUGAACGUAUAACGUUCAAUUUGACUGGAACGUUCAAAAAGAUUUUUUUUAACUUUGAAAGAAGAAGAACAAGAAGAAGAACAAAAAGAACUAAAAGAACUUUCAUUAUUCCUGAAGGAACAUACGAGGAGUAGAGAGGAUUCCUUACUUGCCAAGUUGGCCGACCUACUCAUUGAUACUCAUUUCGAAUUCUAUAUUGGAAGAGAUUGAAGCAGACUUUCUCUGUGGAAAAAUAUUUCUCUCUCUCUCUCUCUCUCUCUCUCUCUCGCUCUCUCUUUCUAUCUAUCUAUCUAUCUAUCUAUCUUUAUCCAUCCUACCGAUUUUAUAAUUUCACGAGAAUUUUUAUUAGAACAAAUCGAUCUGAUAAUCUACGAGAAACGACGUAAUCAUCAAUUAUGAUUAUCAGCCGACCAAUCUUGAUCAAUAUUUGAUAUCGAAAAAAAGGAAGAAAAGAAGAAGAGGAAAGAACUGGAUCAACAAAUUCGAUAUCCUAUUAUCAUUAUCGUUAUCAGGAUCGUCGUAUAUUAUCCGGAGGUGUUAAUGACAGCAUCGUUAUUACAAAUGGAUCAACGAAAAAAAGGAAUAUAAUCAAUAAUACUCUAUACUCAUUGGAAAUCGUACGAGUUAUUUACGCCGAUCAAAAAAAAAAAAAAAGAAAAAAGAACUCAAAUGAAUGAGAGAUUUUUUAAUAAACACUGCCAAAAAUGUCAAAUUCGACAUUUAGACGAACAAAUUUAAAGUGAUAACGAUUUAUCGUUCGCUUCUUUGAGAAAGAAAACGACGUGGAAGAACGAAAUUGAAAUGAAUCAAAGAUAGUAUACAUAUGUAUAUAUAUAUAUAUAUAGAUAUACAUAUGUUAUAUACAUAUAUAUAUAUCUAUCAUAUACACGCAAUGUCCGAUAUAUGAAAAAGCCUCGGCCUUGAGGAAAAGAGAUGUCUACUUCUCUUCGCAUAUUCGUCACUCUUAUCAUUUCUUUUGGCGCCAUGGUAUCCUCUUUGCGAAACUUUCGUACCGACUUCUUGGAGGAAUGGCCUACGCCAGGUACCGCGCCCAUUUUCGACGCUUCCAUGCAAUCGAACUUCACCGGCUUAGUGGGCAAAACCGUGCAUCUCGUCUGCAAAGUCAAGAACUUGGGAAACCGUACGGUAUCAUGGGUGAGACAUCGAGAUGUACACUUAUUAACAGUUGGUCGUUACACUUAUACGAGCGAUCAACGUUUCGAAGCUCAACACUUUCCGCAUACCGAAGAUUGGACUUUAAAGAUACGAUAUCCACAGCGUAAAGAUUCCGGGAUUUACGAGUGCCAAAUCUCGACGACACCACCUGUAGGACGUACUGUACAUUUGACUAUUGUCGAACCAGUUACUAUCAUAGUAGGUCAGCCAGACCUUUUCGUUAACAAAGGAAGUACGAUCAAUUUAACUUGCAUCGUUAGAUAUGCUCCGGAACCACCACCGUCAAUGACCUGGAGCCACAAUAGCGGAAUUAUCAAUUUUGACUCGCCUCGAGGUGGCAUCAGCUUAGUUACGGAAAAGGGCCCAGAAACUACGAGUCGUUUGAUGAUUCAAAAAGCCGUUCCGAGUGACUCUGGGAUAUAUACUUGUGAACCGAGCAAUGCAAAUCCAAGCAGCAUAAAGGUCCACGUUGUUAAUGAAGAGCAUCCAGCCGCGAUGCAUCACGGUGAUGGGAGUUCUUCAUAUGCUACGACAAAACCGACUUGUUUUAUAAUUUUAAUAAUGGCCAACGUGAUGUUUAUAUGAAUAAUAAAUAUGAACAAAAUCGGAGAAACUAAAAA